CUGACAUAUAUAUACGUGCUCUUUUAUCAAGGCGACUGGCCGGUGGCUAUUCAUCGAAUUUGAGUUCGGACUCUGGUGCUUGCCCAGCGACAACACCACAAAAGAUCGUGUUGCUUUUCUUAUUCUCCAUUUGCUCUCCUAGUCACCGACUUAUUUGCAUGAUUCCCACAAGAUGGCAGCACUACCGAAGAACAUGGAACAUGUAGACCGAAGAGAACUCUUCACCUCGUUACCCGCUAGGGUCUUUUACUUGCAGCAAUUCCUUGAGUUUGGCUCUGAUGACGUUGUCGCACUGAGUGAAGGACAGAAGUAUAUCAAAGCUAUAAUUCCGGCUAUUGUCAACAUGGUCUACAAGAAGCUCUUGCAACACGACAUAACAGCCCGAGUGUUCAGCACGCGUGAUAGUCGAAGUGAAGAAGAUCCCGAACGGUGGAUCGGAGAGGAAGACGCUCAGAUCAGACACAGGAAAAUGUUCCUACGGUGGUAUCUCACCAAACUCAAUUCAGAUCCGAGCAAAAUGGAAUACUGGCAGUACCUGGACAAAGUGGGCUUGAUGCAUGUCGGCAAAGGGAGAAAGAACCCACUGCACGUCGACUAUGUCUUUCUCGGGGCUUGUCUUGGUUACAUUCAAGAUGCGAUGACUGAAGCGAUCCUUUCGCAUCCCCGACUGGAUCUCACACAAAAGAUUGCGAUUGUCAAGGCGAUCGGUAAAGUCAUUUGGAUUCAGAACGAUCUCAUGGCCAAAUGGCACGUUGACGACGGCAAAGAGUUCAUCGAUGCCGAAUGGGACGAAGAGACUCAGGCCGAAGCACGUCAACCAGAAGGAUACGUGAACGGCAAGAGAGUGCUAGGGAAGGUGGACGAGGAUGACAGUUCAAUAGAUGGCACGGCAUCAUCCGUCUCAUCAGAAAAGAGCACGACCAGCUUAGGCCGGACAAUGGAACAGGUCCGGCUGAGUAAUGAGCAAAUCGGGUGUCCUUUCAGCGGGAUGGUCAACGGCACCCAAGAUCUCGAUAAGCAGAGAGCGGCAACAACGAAGCCCCCAAGAGAUGACAUUCUCGGCUCGCCUUCUUCACCAUCAGGUAUUCCACGUCUGCGCGUGAUGGAGGGAAAAACGAUUGGCAAGGAAAGACUAGGCCCAAGUCCUUUUGCUUAGUUCGGAAGAAAAGCGAUUGUUACCUCUGGGAAAUUCGGUUUGGGGACUUCAUGGGCGCGCUGGGUCUCAGAUUUGUUAUCUUUUGGAUGAGAAAAGUCCUGGCAACAACGUCGCUUUGAAGACGAAGGCCUGAGGUUAUGAAUAGGAAAAUGAAUGGGACGAUUCACCAUGA